ACCUGUCGCGUCGCGUAGUUCCGCUGCCGUUAAGUGCAAUAUAGCAAGCGACGCGACACUUCACUUUUUUCAAGUUUUGGUUUAAACGAGAAGUCGUGUUUGAAAUGGCUUUCGACGAAGAGAAAUUAAUUAUGUUAGUCAGUCAGUAUCCUGAGAUAUAUGAUCAUCAAAAUGAACAUUAUAUGAAUUCUCUUAGGAAAAACAACAUUUGGAGGGAAAUUGGCGAGGAAAUGGGAGUAUCAAAUAUUGUGUGCAAAGAAAAAUGGAAAUCUUUGAGAGACAGUUAUCAUCGAAAUAUUAAAAAUCGAAAAUCGAAGAGUGGAGCUGGUGCCACAAAAAAUAAAAAAUGGAAGUUCGAUCGUCAAAUGGAGUUUUUAAUACCAUAUUUGCAUGAGAGGACAACAAAAGAUAACUUUGAAAAUGCUGACACAAGCGACAAUUCUCUCCCAGAGCUAAUGGCGAACUCUCCUGAGCCUACUUCAUCGGCGUCAUCAACGAUGCACAAAUGUGUUACUGCGAGGAAGAAGAACCAAACACAGCCGACACAACAGCUUUCGGUAGCCAGUGCUCUACAGAAUUAUUUAGCUUCACGGCCAACACCAACAGCAUUGGAAUCUGGAGAUCCAAUUCAUUCAUUUUUAAAGCUAUGGCAGAUACCGUCAAAACCUUGCCUCCAGACCUACAGUUCAAGGCAAAAAAAAAGUUUAUGAGAUUGUAUCAGAUUUAGAAUAUGAACACCUAACAAGAAACUCGACAUCAUUCAUGGACCAAACAGAAACAGUAGCAAGAAAAUAUCCAUCUGAUGAUUUCAGUAAAGAACUUGUAGAACCUCCGUCUAGUUUAGUUUCAGGGUUAAAUAAAAUAACUUCAUCUGAGGCUAAAACACUACAGAAUUCUCCAACUCCAUCCUUAUCGAAGCCAAAGCAACUAUUUUCUGUAUUAAAACCAAAAACACAAGAUUUUCAUGUUCAGCCUGCUGAUAAUUUAAGUCAGGAAACUUUUGUUAGUGUUGCCAACAACGAAUCCCAAAUUGUUUUGGACAAUUCACAAAACAGAUUCAUAUUAACACCUGAUGGCUAUCUGAUUUCGGAAAACGUUAUCAGCGAGUAUGAGGAACAAUAAUUAAUGAAUAAUUAUGAUUAUUAUGAGAUUUGCUGUAAAUUUUGUAGUGAGGGUGUUUCGGAAAAAUUUCAGCCCCUUCAGCUGGGUUACGGCUCAAGAGGGGGCUGCGAGGCUGCCGUGCACGCGUUAUCGACCUAUUUAAAUUGUGGCAAAGGAGAGGUCAUAAUGAAGGUUGACAUAAAGAAUGCCUUUAAUUCAGUCAAUAGGGACACCUUGCUGGCAGAAACGAAAAAAGAGUUACCCCAAAUUUACAGUUUUAUUUGGCAAUGCUACAGACAUCCAUCUAAAUUACUAUAUCAGGACAACCUUCUGGAAUCUUCUGUUGGCUGUCAGCAGGGUGACCCACUCGGGCCUGUGAUUUUCAGUUUAGCCAUAAACCCAAUAAUUCGGCAGCUAAAUUCGGAAUUCAACGUUUGGUACCUUGAUGACG